AGGCAGAGUUGAGAGUCCCAGGCUGGCUCGGAGCAGAUGCUGGGAAGUUGAGAGGUGGCGGUGCCAGGGGCCGGCACGAUGAACGGAGCAGCCUGUCCACUGUUUGAUACCAAGGAGAGGCCAUUGGUGCUCGGGGAGAGCUUCGAGAAGCAGCCAAGGAGCGGGUACCACACAAUCCGCUAUGAUUUCAAGCCGGCAUCUAUUGAUACCUCCUGUGAGGGGAACCUGGAAGCGGGCAAAGGAGAACAGGUGACCAUCACUCUGCCCAACAUUGAGGGUUCCACCACUCCGGUUACUGUUUUCAAAGGUUCGAAAAGGCCAUACCUGAGGGAAUGUAUCUUGAUCGUGAAUCAUGACACGGGGGAAUGUCGGCUGGAGAAAUUAAGCAGCAAUAUUAGUGUAAAAAAAACCAGGGCUGAAGGAAGCAGCAAGAUCCAGUCCCGCCUGGAGCAGCAACAGCAGCAAAUGCGCAAUACCAGCAAAACACCCAACAGUGCCAAAAACUCUUCCUCACCCAUGGAGAAAAUGUCUCCGGCGUCCCCAAUGGAUGAUAUAGAGAGGGAACUAAUGGCAGAAGCCAGUGUUAUUGACCAAAUGAGCAGUUCCGACAGUUCUUCGGAGUCCAAGAGCUCCUCCUCCAGUAGUGAUGACAGCUCCAGUGAUUCUGAGGAUGAGAAAAACAAGUCGUCCCACUCCAAGCAGCUACCGCAGAGACAUCACUCGGGAUCGAGCACAGAGAGUGUGCACAAGUCUCAGGACAACGGGGGGCAGAUGAUGAGUACUUUGCGUAAUGACUUACAGCUCAGCGAAUCCGGGAGCGACAGUGACGAUUGAUGAUUGGGCUGUUUGAUUUGGCAGCAUGGAGUAAUGAGCCAGCAUCCCAUUUGCACUAGAACUGAAUCUUCUAUGUGACGGAGGGGAAGGAUUAUCAGGUUUUUGAUAAUAUACAAAUUUAUUAGCUUAAAAUGCGGGUAUUCAUGCCAUAUCACCAAUUGGGUCCCGGUUCUAUGGCACAACUUUCUAUAGUGAAUCUGCCUCUUUACCAGUGAGCGAAUUGUGAAAUGUUUCUUUUUACUCCUCCAAAAAAAAAAAAUUCCCUUAGAAACCGGCGAAUUGGGGAUUUCGGAGUGUUUAGAUGUGUUUAGAUGGAUAUUGUUAUUUUACUUUCACUACUAAAUCAGGAGCCAUUAACUCUUCGUUAGCGGACUCUAAGCUGACGGCUUUCCCAAACCUCAGGUGUCCUUUACACGUUCUCUGUAACACUAUGCAAAUCUGGCAGCGGGAAUUCACACUGAACUGCAUGAAAGUAGCAGGUAGGGGGUCAAAGUGAAACAUUAAGUUCUACUGUGCAUGGGGUGGCAUUACAACCAGCUGCACGGUCACCUAUUUCCUUUUAAAGCGAACAAGAUUUGGGUGCUUCUCUGCCAGCUGAGUACACACGCACACACAUGCUAUCAUCCUUAUUUCCUUAUGAACUUGUACCAAAGUGUAAUAGUUGAUGUGCUGAUUGGCCUUACUUGUAUUUGCCCCUUUUAACCCAGCUUUGGAAAGAAGGAUGAUUAAAUAUUUUAAAGGGGAAGUUACCCUUUAAUUUAAGUUUAGUAUGAUACAUGCUGAUAUAAUCCGUGCAACUAUGCAGUCUUUUUUUUUUGUGGUUUUUAUUGCGAGGCAGGUUUUUCAGUAUUGCUAACAUAUAAAUAUAUAAUAUAAAACACAAAACAGUAAAAAGGACAAUUUCAAAUUUUUGCCUGUUGGUUGUUUGGAGAGCUGAUGAUCUCUGCAGUGCUCACUCUAAUCAAAGGAACCCUGGACAAUGGGGCUCCGUAGUCCAGGAUAGUGCCAGUGGCCCUUGAAUUAGUGCUUUGGCUACAGAAUAGCUGUUGAGUAAAGUAAUGGUUUUUUUUGUUUUUAUUUUGGAGAUUGAAUGUGAUUGGUUGACAAAUCACGUGACAAACAGGGAUAGUAAAAGAUGACAGAUUCUGGGCUCUCUCAGUGUGAUCCCUUGUGCUUUGUACCCUCACUGUCUGCUGGAUCUCCCCCAGUACCAGGGGCAAAGAGUGACUCUUUGUUGUGUAAUUUUUGUUGUUUGUUGCUGCAGAGCAGGAGCCGCAUUCGGUCGUACUGAAAUGUGAAGAGAAAUAAACCUAUUUAAUAUUUA